CCCUACGGUGCAUAAAACACAUACAGAAAUCAACAAACUCUUUCUCGUAUCUUUCACACACUCUGACACACACUCGAGCGGUUCAAGUCGAAGAGUGAAAAAAGUGAGUAACUCAAGCAGAUGGCUGCAAUCACAAGAAACCAGUAAACACCGGAAGAUUCCUACCGUAAUCAGCUUUUACAAGCUGAUUUAAGUUUAUGAGACAAGCAAGAUGUAAACGGUUCAUGUAUCUUGUGAUAAAACUUUCCUAACUAAUCACGAAACUUUGCAGACAUAUCACACAUUUUCUCAGUUUCAUUUCAUAAUUAUGAAUCUGUCAGAGUGUGUAGGAGAGUGUGUUCAUAUUUUUCUUUUUUUUUUGUGUUUGUGUGUGGUGUUUUUAGCGUUAGGCCGAGGAGCAUCAUGAAGUAUUUAUAGUAAAUUAGCUCCCUGUUUCACUCUCCCAGCCCUUUCAACACUGCCUCGUAAUUGGGUUCUUUCUGUUGAAAUUCUCCUUAACAGCACAUGAAUGUUGUUAUAGCCUAAUGAGGCAGAUUAGAAUUUCAGGUGUGUGUGUGUGUGUGCGUGUGUGUGAGUCAGAUGUGGAUCAGGUGUGUCCCCCUUUUUUGUUCUCUUGUGUGUGUGUGUGUGUGUGUACAGAGGGCUGGACCGUGUGAGUCAAGUGGGUGGCUGCAUUAGGGGAUGCUGUGCCUCAGAGCAGAUGAGCAGAAGUGAGCCCACAGACUGCCAGACUGAUGCCUGAUCAAAGAUUGGCUGAUUCCUACACCAUCCAUCAUGCCUGCCAUUGUAAACCUGCUCUUCAACACGGUCUCCACCAACACAACCAUCUCCUUUUCUCUGGUGCUGCCUCUGGUCAGCAUUCUCUCUCUGCUGGUAGGGGUUGGAGGUCACCUGCUCAUGUGGCUGGUGUUGAUGCGUAACCCACGGCGUCGUUCAAAGCCCAGCUCGGUCCUCCUGCUAAACCUGAGUUUUGCUGAUCUGUGCGCUUUACUCACUCUGCCAUGUGUGCUUCUAAGCGCUAGCUCUCAGAACUGGCAGCUGGGUGGAGGCGUUUGUGUUUUGUUGAGCUUCAUGACCUCCCUGACCGCUGGAGUGGACAUCUUCAGCCUGGCUGCCCUCUCUGUGCUGCGUUAUCGAAUAGUGGCUCCCUCGACGCGACCCCCUGCCACCCCUGCGCAGGUAGCUGGCACCGUUGCUGUUAUCUGGCUGGUUUCCAUCGCCAUGGCCCUACCUAAAGUCACGUACAUCCAGUUUGACAGUGGCUGCACGUGGUCGGUGGGCCGCGGCCACUGGCUGGGCUUCCUCGUUCCAGCAUUUCUGGUGUAUUAUGUGGCUCCUCUACUCUGCAUCGCCCUGCAUUGCGGGCUCAUAAUCACACACCUGUACCGCUGCCGGGGCACUCUAGCCGCGGACCACCGCAAUAAAAAAGCCACAGCCCUUCUCAUCGGCUCCACGCUGGUGUUCGCCAUCAGCUGGCUGCCUUAUUACGUGCUAGAGUUUGUCAAUGUUUUAUCGCCGUCCCUUAAUUCCGUCAGCUCGCCCGAAAGCCCCGCCCCCAGCUCCACCGCCCCAUCGCCGGCGUCGAGCACGGAGGUGUCUAUGCUGUGGGAGGUGACCUCGCUGUCUGCCAUUCUUCUGAUUUGUCUGGCACCUUGCUGGAACCCGCCACUCUACUUCCUGCUAUCUAAGCCAGCCCUGAGGCAACUGAGAGGGCUGCUACCCAUCAUGCACCAACACUGGAGAGCUGCUACCUUCCUACAGCACGUAAUGCCAAAACACGCUCCCACACAGCCCCACUCACAGCCUGGGUCUCAACACGUUCCUCAGCACAUACUAGCAGCAACGCACCCACAAUGAGAACAUGAGCGCUCAGAUCGACAUGGUAAGGCACAGCACAUACCUGCUUCACAGCAAAGCACACCCACACGCAGGCACAAAGUACACACACGCCACACACACAAUGACAGGUAUUUUCUGCCAGAGCACCCUCAUCCCUCUCACGCUGGUGGAGAUUGGGAGUUGCUUAGUAACACUACAGAGAGGAACAGAAACAUAAGACCAUGGACCUCUGCAUUUAUGGCUCAGCAUCACAUUUUACAGUGUUCCAGCAUGCCAGCUGCUCUCUUCCCCUCUCUCAGAAUCUCUCACUCACACUAAAAACGUAUCACGGCAGAUUUUUUUUUACCACUGACUCGGUCACGCUCGCACACAUUAGCGUGUUCUCAACGACAUAUGUGUUCAUUUUUAAUUCGCUUCUUUCUGAUCGCUUGUGUGGUGAGUAAUAGAUUAGAUUUGUGUGGGCUGGUACUGUAUAUCAGAUAGAUUGUCUAUAAAGGCUAAAUGUUGUGCGUUUGAGUCUCGCUUACUGAUCAUUGGUGUUAUGAAUCAUCGAUAUGUGCUGUAAUGAGUUUUUUGACAGUCAUUGUCAGUCCUAUGCGAAAUGCAAUGCACUGUGAUUUUGGAAAUGGGAAAAGUAUAUAAAUAUUUCCCAUUAAUGACAGAGGCAUGGUUGAGAGAAUUCAGCAGCUCUCAGAACUGUGUCACCUGCGGAUGAGUCAUCCUACUUCACACAAUUUUUUUUCUCAUUCUCUGCUAAUAUUGU